GAGACAGAGAGAGCUGAGGAGAUCCACUGGAGGAGCGAACAGACGGACGGAGGGACUGCAGGAAGAGCGCACCGGGUCCUUGGGCAGCAGGAAGACAUACGCCGCUGACAUGGGAGUUGAAAUCGAGACAAUCACACCGGGAGACGGAAGGACCUUCCCCAAAAAAGGCCAGACGUGUGUGGUGCAUUAUGUGGGCUCCCUGACAGAUGGACGGAAAUUCGACUCAUCCCGCGACAGGGACAAGCCUUUCCGGUUCAAGAUUGGUAAACAGGAAGUGAUCCGAGGGUGGGAGGAAGGUGUGGUGCAGAUGAGUGUUGGUCAGAGGGCCAAGCUGACCUGCACGCCAGACUACGCUUACGGAAACAAAGGCCACCCAGGCAUCAUCCCUCCCAACGCCACGCUCAUCUUCGACGUGGAGCUGCUCGGUUUGGAAUGAAGCCGACUUGCAGCCUGCUUGUUGCGUGUGCUGUUUGACGUCGCUCCUGGGUGCCCUGAAGAGAAGCUUGAAAAGUCUGCGCUUGAUUCUAUCAGUUUAAUGUUUUCAUCAAACUCAAUUUUUGUUAGUUUCCAGUCAUACUCCUUAUUAAAACCUUGGGUUAUUACUUUUUAAACCUCAUUUUCCACAAACCUUGAAUUGCAAAGAAUCGUAAAGUGUGUAUUUUUAAAUUUCAUAGAGUUCUGCUUGUGUAAGAUCACCCUGAGGAGUGUAUAAAAUGCCAAUGAAUCACUAGCAGCAAGGUUCACCUUUUUGAGUCAGUGUGUUCAGAUCAUAUCAGAAAAAAAAAAACAAGCACACAUUUAUUAUUUUAAAGGAUUAAAUCAUAUUAGUUUCACCUUCAUUCUAAUAUUCUAACAUCAUGGUGCAGCACAGUAAGUGAAUCUGCAACCUAAAACUGACAUUUCUGCAGAAAACCCCGACAGUUAUUUCUAGUAAAGUUGCUAAUAGAAGAAUGAUCAGUCAUUUUUGGAAAGAGAAACCAGUCCUAGUUGUAGAUUGUUCUCAUGUGUGCCUAAAUAUGGUUACUACCUUGCACUGUCUGCAUGCUAUAGAUAUGAUGGCAACCUUGAUGUGUACCAGGUGAAAGCUCUGUAUUCAGUUCACAGCCUUACUGCCUUUCUAUCUCUUUAAACCCCAUUUAAAGCCAUACUUAAACACUGCACAAGUAGGAUUGUGUUGACUUGCAGGAAUUGGAUCUGAUCUUGUUUGGAAUUAAUCUGAAAUACUUGAAACUUCCAAAAGUGGGCAGAUAGGACUCUUCCUGACUUUAUAUUCUGUAAGAACUUGAAUUAUGUAUUUUCUUGGAUGCCGAGUUUCUAUCUUUGAGAAAUAAUUUAGCUAAUGUGGAAACUGGCCUUUUUAAGAGUUACUGUUAGUAAUGCACCACUUUACCCAGCGGAAAACAAUGCUGCAAUGGAGGUGGGGUAAAAAGCCAACAUCAGAGUGUUUUUAUACCUGACAGAUCUAGUUUUAAAUGGAGUUUAAAUGAACGACUAUGCUGGCUUGGCUCUUUGAUGCUGACUGUGGCUGUCGAUGUUACAUACUUGCCAAGCUGCAACUGGCAUGGCAGCAGACCGCCUGUACUGUGUAGUUAUGUGCUGAAAUUUUUACUAUAUGUAUGUAUGAUGUAUUUCAAAUAAAAGAAAUACCCUACCCCUUCA